UAUCUACAGGCGACACCAUGGGGUUGAAGUAGUGGGCCGGCUUGAGGCUGGUUUCCAUUUCUUUUCCUCUUUGAAAUCCAGUAUAAAUUUCACCAACGAAACCAAACACAAAACUAACCCUCGUAAUUCCUGAAUUCGAAAAUAUUAAAAAGAAACCGCCCGAGCCAUUCGACCUCGAAAUACAGCAUACAUAAAAACGCACACUUCGGAGAGAAGAAAAGAGCCCCAGGGCUCAAGAGCAAGGAGCUGGAAGAGAAGCAAAGAGAUGAGCUGUUGCCAGGAGCUCGUGCAACUUGGCCUAUACAAAAGUGACCUAGAAGCCGAAUAGAUCGUAUAAGAACAACAACGAGAAAGGCGGUGGGAUCCCUAUAGGAAUAAGGAGAUCCUUAUUCUUCUCCCAUAGAGGGAAAUAGAAAGAGCAACAAGAGGAUCCCCCCGUUGAUUUUGGCAGCAUGCUGGUUUUGCAGCCAAGGAGAUGGAGCGUGUUUGCGGCGGUUUUCCUCCAGCUCCUGAUGCCCAGCUUUCAUCAACACGUGGCUGGUGCUGAGACACUCAUUGGAUGUCUGUUUUCUCCAUCAAUCUGUGCCCCGAAGAAAGAAUGGUGUUACGAUGAUUCUGCGUUUGGAAGAUGCUUGUCGGUGGACGGAAAGCUGACAGCAGGGGACAUGGUGCAAUAUUCCCUGGAACCUAAUUCUGCGUUUGGAAGAUGCUUGUCGGUGGACGGAAAGCUGACAGCAGGGGACAUGGUGCAAUAUUCCCUGGAACCUCAGGACUUGUCAGUGCUGGAGGAUGAGAUGCAAAGGCUGUACAGCCUUGGCUUCCGCUGGGACCAGCUCUACACUCAGUGUGUUCUUCAGGCUCUGCUGAAGAGGAUUGCUGAGGGUUCGAAAAAGGAGAGAAAAAUACAAACGUCUGUUUUGUCAUGGGUCCAUUGGAUCCCAGACAAAGGAAUUGAAUUGUGCAGCCAUCAUACCCAGGUGCUUGGACUGGGUCAGGAAGAAAUCAGGUCAAAGGCGCCGUUCGAUCGCGGCGGCUGCGACGAAACAUUCCCCGACGACAUCAAAACCCUGAGCUUCAUGGACCCAGUCGUCGGCACUAUUGAAGACAACUCCGUCAUCGACACCGACGACGGCAUCUACGUGACCGAAGACGACAUUCAGCGCAUGAUCAAAAUGAAUCCGGAUGCUGCAGUGGCUGUCGACGAGAAUGGUGACGUCGUCGUCGUGGCUGACGACGGUACCGACACCGAAUCCGACACUAACAUCGACACUGCUGCUAAUGGAAACAACAACAAUAACGAUGGAAUCAGUGAACGGGAAGCGAAUGCCAGGUUGCUGAGUUCUUUGUUGGAGGACCCCAGGUAUUUGGCCAGUGUCAGGUUCACCCCGUCAGCGCUGAACCCACACUCUGGGUUCGCUGAUGAGGUUUACUCGCCGCCUGAGGAAACCCUGGCUGCUAUGGCUGCUGCUGCAAAAGUUGCUGCUGGACAGCAUCAAGAGAGGCAUUCUGUUGAUGCGAUGUUGCCAAUGAAUCUCCUGCGUCAAGAACUGAUGGCAGAGGCUGGCAAGAUAAAUCCCAGCGAGGUCAGCAUGAAAGACCUCGCAGCUCUGGCAUCAGCAGCAGCAGCAGCUCUACAGGACCCAUCAGCAUCAGAACCCAGUCUUGAAAACCUGCACAAGAACAAGGUCCGGGUUUCCAAAAGGGUCCUAGGGAUCGACAAGAGCCGGAACAAAAAGCGAAGCAAAGGAAACGGAAAGCCCGAAAACGUGUCGAAAGACGAGGAACGUCGCGGUGGAAUCAGCGCGAGUUUCGAGGACGACUUGAAUUACUUUGACGAUUAUGACAAUGCCGAGUUGACCAGGGACAGGAAAGGAGGCAGUGAUGCUCCGAAAUCUUACAAGGACAUUCUGCUGAUGCCAUAUAUGGGGCAUAAUGGAGACUCAUCUGGAGCCAUUGACUUGGCAGCUUUGUGGCAGUCCAGGAAACUGACUGAAGAGGAUGAAGAUGAGGACAGCAUGGGAGAAGAGGAUGUCAGUUCUGAUUUCACUGGCAAGGACAUGGUCUCACCCCUAGACGAUGAUGGCGACUUCGAAAUGCUUUCACCAUUCGCCCAGAAACCCGUUUCUCUGGAAGAUGGUCCUUACCAGCGCCUGGAAAGAAUGGAUGUGAAGAAACCCGGGCCGGAAUUUGACCUUUCAAUCCCACUGGAACCCCCGAAACACGGGAAACACCAUAAUCACCAUCAGGUCAUUCAUCAUCAGGUCCACGUUCAUGAUGACGACCACGAUGACCUCCAAGUCUCACCAAGCGCAAAACACAACAUGCUCUUCCAAGACAUUCAAAAUGAUGAUCAUCAAUUCACCCGCCCAUCUGGAAAACAGGAGAUCCUCAAUAAGUUGCCACCACCAGUGAAGCCCAAGAACCAACUAUUUCGGAAAGAUUGGGGCUUCCUGCAAAUCACAAGACCGUUUGCGGACAUUUUGGAAGGAAGACGAUUGGUGGCUUCUCUGGAAAGACUGCUUCGAUUGGAGCCUGGAACUUUCACUGAAGCCAGGGUUGAAAACAACCAGGUUAUGUUCAAGGUGAACCCUAACCCGCAGCGGAUGAAUGUCACGGAUAUCAUUAUUGGAGCAGAUAAAUUCCAAGAGGCCAUCAAGAAUGAUGUUGGAGUGGAGCUGGAAUCUGGAGGAAUUGGGGAUGAGAUAAAAAUUACGUGGAAGGACUACUUGCCAACUGCGCAAGAGAGGUUAACGUUUAUGGGCCUGUGUUUGGCAGCUUCUACUGUAGCAUUGAUGACAACUGGGUUCAUACUGUACGCGUUAAGACGGCGCUGCCAGAGCAACGACAAACUUCACUUCUCCAGGAAUGGUGACCAUGAGGCCAGCAGGGAUUAUCAGGAUUUGUGCAGAGCAAGGAUGGCUACAAAGGCUCAAGAGAAACCUGAGCCCUUGCAUAAAAUCAUCACUGGCUGCAUCAGGGAUGAUGGAACUGGUGGACAGUCUCAUCAGGGUGUGACUGGAUCCCCUCACUCCUCAAGAUCCUCCACAUCAUCCUGGACUGAGGAGCCUGUUGCUUCUAAUAUGGACAUCUCUACUGGUCACAUGGUUCUGUGCAUUUUCAAAGUUGAUGGUUCCGGCAGAACUGGGACCUACUGCCUGAUCGACAUGGUACUCAAUCGCAUGGGCAAGGGCGCCAAAGAAAUCGACAUCGCCGCCACGUUGGAGCACAUCCGUGACCAGCGCCCUGGCACGGUCAAGACCCGAGGCCAGUUUGAGUUCGUCCUCAUGGCCGUCGCCGAGGAAGUCCACGCCAUCCUCAAAGCCAUGCCGCAAUGA